GCUGUACCUAUAUCCGAACGGGGCUCAACUCGGGCCCAAAAAGCAGCCGUUGUCGUCGCAAAACAUUAUUUUCACGUAGGUUUAUAUCCCCCCUGUAUAUUGUUAUAGUUUUACGGGCAUGAAAACUACGUAGGCAAUAAUAUUUUAAUAUUAUUAUCAUCGCGAUAAGGACGCGUGUCUCCGAGGCGAAACCGACGUCGUUUCGCGGGUACAAUAACGUCAUAUUCAUAUAUGUUGCAGCGAUAUUAUAAUAUUAUAGACUUGCCCUAUAUUUUCCGUUCACUUUAUUAUCACCGUAAUUCUCAUACCGCGAUAUCGUUUUCCCCGAAGACCAGAAAAAUGUACCGCGUCCCCGUGGACGGAGUGCUGUUGUUGGCGCUGUUGGUCUUUUGCGCAAACAUCUACACCUGCCGAGCUUUGCCGUGGAAAAAGACCGCCGGCGCUGUCCCGAAAUGCGGAUACGAGGUAAAUACGAUAUUAAUAUAAUUAUUAAUUAUAUUAAUAAUAUUGAAUAGGUAUUUUUUUUCCAUUAUUAUAGUUCUUUAAUCCCAUUCGUAUUCCCUAUUAUUCCUAAAUGUUAUCAUCCGGGUAAACAGAGCAUCAAUCAGAGAGAAUCAGUCUUUUGAUUUUUAUGCGUGCAUUACGGAUAGAAAAAUCAUUCUAGGUUAUUUGGCGAAUUUUUAUUUCCGAAAAUCUGCAAUGAUAACUACUAUUAGGUAUGUACGCAUAAUCGUAUCCCAUACGUGUAUAACAAUAUUCACGUCUCGGUGAGAAUAUAUCUUUUUAUCGGAUAUUACGUGUAAUACUACAGAUUUUUUUAAAUAUUUUAGUAAAAGUAUUUAAUUAAAAAUACUCGACUAUUUUUACUGUAUUCGAAUAUGUAUUUUAAAUAAUAGUGUGAAAUGAUUAACUAUAGUAUUUUAAAUAUUUUUCAAAAGUAUUUGUAUUUGAAAUCAAAUACUUGUAUAAAAACCAAAUAAAAACUAAGAAAACUGAAUAAUUCUAAAUGGCUAUUAAUAAAAUUAAAUAAAUUAAUUAAAUUUGAAAAUUUUACCACGUCAGAAAAGACUACAAAAUAAUUAAUCGGUGAAAAUGUCAAGUCUCUACGAAUAUUUUUAACCGAAUCAUAAAAAAACGUUAUAGCGUACAUUUCGAUUUUUUCUCAAAUUUUACCCGUUAUUAAGAAAACUACAAAGAAAAUCGAAACAUGUAUUCAAUAUUACACCGACUGGAUAAAAUUUGCUACGAAAAAAUUUCCUUUAAACCGUUUUUCAAUUGAAACUAUAUUUCUAAUAGUAAAAGUUUUACAUAUACGCACAAAAAAUAGCGUACCUACAUCAUUAUUACAGUGUAAAACAAAUACAUUCCUCGCUACGCUCAGAAUCUUAAACCGUUCGAAUAAUUUUGGCAUUCAAAUACCAACACAAUUCCUUGGGGUCCUAAAAACGUUUCGAAUAUAGUAUUUUGUUUAAUUUAAAUCUCAUUAUUAUAGUAUUAUAAUGUAUCGACCGAUCGGCGCUUUUUACAUUUGUAAAAUGUAAAAAAAAACACCGUUUCAGAGUACUCGAAAUCGAUUCAUUAUUUUAUACCGCUAGGUCUUUUAUUUGUUUUUAAACAAUUUUCGAUUCUAAAUGACUAUAUUGUACAGUAACAAUUAAAACAGAUUUUAACUUAUCAUUUGAAUAUGUUUUUUCAUCGAUUUUCCCGUUGCGUCGAUAAUAUUCUAUAUUAUUAUAUUACGGCUUAAUGAUAAAUACUUAGAUUACAUUAGCUGCACAUAGUUGCACAAUUUCCGUUGCUGUACGGUUAAGUAUCUUGAAAUUCGGUAUCUUUCCGAUUAAUUUUAAUAAGGUAAUACGUGACAAUAAUAAUACAAAACACAUUAACGAUAAAUUACAUACAAAUACAAAUACGUCGAUAUUGUAAUCACAUUUGAAUUGACUAAAGUUUAAAGUUAAUGAAAAAAAAAAAAAAAAAAAACUAAGAACUUAACUGUAGUUACUUUUUAUUUCUAACGCGUUAUGGAGAUUCGAAUAUUUCGGGUAUUCAAAAGUACGCAUCAAGUUUGAAAGUUAUUCGAAAUUUAAACCGAUUGACGAUUUGAGCCCAAAGUUAUUUUAAUAUACAUAUAUAUGUCAUGUAUUUCUGACAUUUCUUAUAUUUCUCGCAUCUUUGACGAAUAAUACGCGUGUUGAACGUCAGUCAAAGCAUAAUUAUGUAGCACAUUAUUUCAAUAAAAAUAUCGAAUUAUUUUAUUCAACGGCCAAUAAAUUCGAUAAUAAUUAGACUAUCGGCACUUGAUAUUAUUGUAUUCGUUUCUAGGCCGUUCACCUGUAUGGUAAAAACAAUUAUAAUAUUAUAUACGGUGCAAAAAUUAACAAGGCGUAUUGUAGGUAAUGGUAAUCGAUUUUUGUAUAGAAAACUUUGUUUAUAUUUUUAUUUUCUGUGACCUUUAAACGUUGAAUAUAUGUAUAUAAUACCAUUGAUUAAAGAAUAGUCUUUAUUCUAUAAUCAAUGAUAAUACCUAUAUUGAAAAAUGUUUAUACGGAUACCUAUAUUACAGUAGAUAGGUAUACAUACUUAUUUAAAAAUGCAAUAAUUAACAUUAUUAAUCAAACGUAUUAUAAAUAUCCGAAUAAGAACGUAUUGAAUUUUCAUCGGGAAAAACUAAUAUCUACACGUGUAGAAAGUAAUGAGUAAAAAGUAUAUAUUACUUACAAAAAAAAUGUUACACUUGAAAAUCAGAAUUAAAUAGAUAUAAGUUGUUCACAAAAAAAAAUAAACAUGCUUAUAAAAUCAAUACAAUCCUCAAUAAACAAAAAACAAAACUAAAAACAAUAAAAAGACGUCCUAGGAUAAUGGGGACGGGUGCAGCUACUGUUAUAGGUAAUUUAAUAUUUAGCUGUAAAUAACGAUAAACCAUUACAAACGAAAAAACGAUUCUGAGCAGAGUUCAGUUGAUAGUGAUGCUUCGUCAACAAUUUAUAUGUCAUAUUAUAGUAAAAUAAUUAAAUAGGCUCUACAUAUUUUCUUUAAUAGUAUUUGUUUAAUUUUUUACCGAUUUUUCCGGUUUUCCUAGUUUUUCACAUUUUUUAAGUAAACUACGGGAAAAAUGAAAAAAUUACCUUUGUAAAGUACUCCCCUAGUGAAAUUUUCUUUCAGAAAAGAUGCUACACGUAGAAAUUCGAACAAGUCUUCUGGUAUAAAAGUUGUGCACAGACAAAAAAAUAAAAAACAUCUUUGUAAAACCAUGAGCUUCAUCGCUCCACUCAGAAUCUAAAAGCAUUAUUUUCGUACGUUUUCCCGUUCAUUCUACGUUUAUUUCGGGUUCGCUCAAUUAUUUAAUUAAUCUACAGGAAAAAUCAAAUAUCGACUUUUUGACUCAUCAACUAGGUGCAACAAAAAAGGUCUCUUGUUGUUUUGUUAUUGGAGUCAUGUUUCUAGUAGAAAAUAUGAGCCGUAAAAAAUCGAAUACCACAACUCACACUAACAACUUAUCAUUAACCUUGUUGUAUAAGACAAUUGACGAGGCAAAAGAUAUUUUGUCCACGUCAAAACAAAAAAGAAAAAUCUCGAAAAUUUCAUAUAUUAUAUAGUAUAACGGUAACAGUAAAAACACACCAGAAUAUUUUAAAAACCUUAAACUAUUCUCUCGGUUCCUCCGCCGUUGCGAUUCAGAAAAAUACAAAGAACAUUCCGACCGGACGAAAUUUACUACCGGAAAACUAGGCUUACAGGCAUAAUAACAAAACAAAAAAAAAAAAAAAAAAACCUACAGUUUUAACACUUAUAGUGCAUGAUUCUCGGUUCGCUCGGAAUAUAAAACGUUUUACGCCGUUUUCGUGGACUCUUGUUCAAAUAGUAAUUGCUCAGUGGUCGGUACGGUUGGAGGUGGGGGAAAGAAGAAAAACCGUCGAAAGACACCGCAUUCGGUCCGUAUUGUACAUACGAAGCCCGUGGAGAUUUACCGUUCCAAAGCGACAAUGCAUAUACAACAACGAAAAAUAUCUCUAAUACGUAAACACCAUUGGUUAGGUUCUCUUCUACCGCGGUAAAUUAAUAAUAUUCACAGUGAACAGAGGGACGCUCUAUGCAGCGUUAUUGUGUAUAGGUAGGUAGGUAAGUACGUAUACGUAGAACGUCUCGUCGGGAAUACUAAUUUAAAAUGACGACGACGCGCUACGGUGCAGCACAUUAUAAGUCUCGUUCAUUUAUUAUAUUACGUUCCGUGACAUUUUUAUUGUCAAUAUAGGUAUAGGUAUCGUUAAUAUGGUAACAGUUCUUCUCCUAGCAGAGAUGUAACCACCUCGGAUGUCUACCGCCGUCGAACCGCACGGAGUGUGAGCAUUUUAGAAAAAUAGCGUUUUGUUGGGGAAAAAAAAUUAAAAAAAUAUUAACUUAUUCAAAUAAGUUCAAGAAAACAUCCCGCCGUGUCGUUUUCGCGAAAUUUAACGAAAACCGCACGUUCCGCGAAACUUACAAAUAGGUCGAUACACCAAACGCCAAUUCAUUUAAGGUGAUGUUUCGAAUAAAUGUAUUCACAUUAAAAUAUUUUCAUAUUAUAAUAAAAUUUUAAAUAAUUUUCGGAAAAACACUCGAAUCACGCAUUCUGUAUAUUUUUUGCGGCAUUUUUUAUUCAUUAAAAAAACACAGGUUAGGUUCUGAAACCGAUAAAAGUUUAAAAUGUUUAAUCGAAAACUAUAAGCGUAGAUUUAUACGGUUACACGAUAAAUUAUAAACAUACCCAUAGUAGACAUUUUUUUUUUAUUGUAUUUUGCUAUCGAAGUUUAAAAAUUGGCCUAUUGAUGUCAUAAUAUUUGAUAAGUUAUAUUUUAAUAAGAUAUUGAGCCACAAAAAAGUAAUCUCAGAACUGUUUUUCUGAAACUGACAUAAAUUAGCUGAAAAAAAAAUAUUUGUAAACUAUUCAAAUAUUUUUUGAAAUAUUCGCAAAUCUAAAUAAUAUUUAUUAUUUAUUAUAUAUUUUUUCAAGCUUAAUCGAGUACGUAUUCUAAUACUUUUUGGUUCAUUUAUUCGAGUGCGUAUUUAGAAUGUAAAAUAAAAUUACCCUUUAUGUUUACACGUUCGCCUAGAGAUAUAUUUGAGUUCGUUAAUUUUCGUAAUAAAUAUGUACACUGUUUUUGACUAAAUCGUGUUCGUUUUGAGAUAAAACAGAUUUUCCCACACAAAAUGUUCAUAAACGUUCCUGUCGACACCAUUUUAAAACUCAUCAUUGUAUAGACGACGACGAAAAGUAUGAUUUGUCUAUGAUAUCACAUUCCCAUAACUGUAUUUUUAAAUCUUUCUUUUUUUUUUUUUUUUAACCGUUUCAGUUUUUAUCUACGUUGAUCUUUACAUAGUGUUCUUCUACUGUGGCAAUUACUACAAUAUUGAUAUAAUACGGUGAUAAGUGUUAAAUAUUCUUGUGAUUUUUCUCGAGAUUUUAUAAAAAAACUCACAGUUAUUAAUCGCAAACACUAAUUAUUAUAGAUAUUCCUGUAUGCCGUAUGAGUCACUCAAUAUAUAUUGCCUUGGUUAGGGAAGUCGUGUGUCGUGUGUUUUAAACUUACAAAUUAUAAUAAUGUAGAAAAAACAGGCGCGUAUAACUAUAUAGAAAUAGUAUCGGUGGCAAUGACUGAUUUUUGAGACCUAUGCUUUAUCUGAAGUGAGUUGAAGUAUUAAUAUCUAUAAACAAAUGAUUAAUAACUGAUUUAUUGUAUAGUAAAUGAGUUGGUGGUAAGUAUAGAUAAUUUCUGAACCACACACACACACAUAACUGUUCCACUGGGCCAAGUACCCGGAGUACCUUGUAAAUGUAUUAUAUACAUAGAUAAACAUCGAAAAAUAAACCAUAAAUCAUUAGUUACUUCAACUCGUUAAUUGAAUAUUAUAAAAAAUAAAAAAAAACAUUCACCGCUUACACCGUUACACACGUAAUAAAAUGAUAACAUAUUAUACGAAUGUGUACGUGUAAAUGUAACCACCACGCCGAUUAAUAAAAAAAAAAACUUUUUAGAUGUUUAUCUUCGUGAGAAUAUUAUGUUCUUUUUUCUCGUUUUACUAUAACUAGGUUACAAUGUUACGAUACAUAUCAACUUAGAGCACUUAUAAUGUAACACGUAUUUGUAAUAUUUUAUUAAUGAUUUCGGUAUCAUAAUAAUUUCAUCGUCACUGUAGCGGGUUGUAAAAACCGAUUAGUAAUGUUAAGUUUCUAGUUUUACUCUGGUGUUUUUAUUUUAUUUUAUUUUUUUCCGUAACAUAAUAUAUAAGAAACAUAACACGAAUUUGUUUUAUUGGGUUUCCUGCAGAGGUGUUUUAUUAUUAAGGAUUAGUCGAUUGUUGAUUUUCUUCUUUUUCGCCUUCAUCUCAACUAUUUGGAAUCGGCCAAGGAUUAAGUGAUUGUUACAAAAUUAUUAUGACACGGUUUGUGUUACUAACGAAGAAAAGUCGGAAAAGAGCGGUUAGUUUAAUUUGUGUACACGGAAUUCGAUUAUCGUCGUAAAAUAAAAUAAAAGUCGUAAACUCACUUAUCUUUUAUUUUUUUUUUAGAUUUUGCAGAGCAUAGCGAGGAAUGCAUUUUUUCUUUUUUUUUUUUUUGUGCUGCGGAAUUUAAUUUGUAAACAAUAAAAGAAUGUGACGUUAUAAUAUUUUAUAAAUUCCCCGCGAUGAUCAUCUUCGUUUUGACCCUGAUGACAAAUUUAAUCGAUAAAGUUCUUUCUCUAUAUUCGCAUGCUCGUGGUAAUUGUUCAGUAAUCGAAUCACACCGUGUUCACAUAUUCCAACAAUAAUCCACUUCUUCUUCUUUCACUCACGAAAAAGCCUCUAAAGUUAUUAAAAAAAUAAACCAUAUACAAUUUUCAAUAUUUUAUACACAAAUUACUAGUAUUCUUCCAAUUCAUUAACCCCGUAUUUGAUCCACAUCUCAACUGCCCGGUGACCUAAGGUUUGGUGGUGUGCACUUUCCACUCGGGCGAUUUCCGCUCAUCACAUUUUUCGCGUUAUUUCCGUCCGUUAUCGUAAUCCUCAAAUGCUAAAAUUAUAUAAGGUGGACUAUCCGGUCAAAAUUAAAUAUUAUAAAUUAACGCGUAUUUAAAUUAUUGAAAUAUUGUAUUACGAGUACAUAAUUAUUGUGAAUUAAUUAUUAUAACUUGAUAUUAAAUAUUAAGUUAAAUUAAGUUAAAUUUCAACUUACGAGUACAUUAUAUAUAUUUAUACACGUUUUUAUCAAUGUCUAAUCUAAUUUAAUUUUUGAACAAGCGAUAUAUUUAAUAAACAUUUUUUUUUUAAAUAUUUUAGAAAUUUUCAAUUAUUUGUUUGAUACGUUGAUCUAAAUGUAUAUACAUUUCCUUUCUUUUGUUGGUACGUACUCCAAGCUCAAGCCUUCCAUUGAUGAAUUCGACUAUGUAUUGUACUAGUGACGAUGGAAAAUUUAUACGUAAAAAAUUACGUGAAAUACAAUUUAUGACUAUACUUAUUAAUUAUUUGUUCAGAAAUCAGAAUCGAAACUAUAAUAAUUUGACAAUUUUAUGCAAUUUAUUUAUAAUAUUUAACAUUUCGAGCGAAUAAUACAUGUAAUAUAAUUUCAGCAGGUAAAGAUAACGAUAACGGGCGGAUAUAGCACGAAAAAUGUGUUGAGCGGUAAACGCAUGGGCGACUAGUGCACGGCACCAAAAGUUUUAGGGUUCUUUUUAAUGUUUACUGUCGUAUGCGUCCAAGGAAGAACCUUGCAUAUAUGACACGGUAAUCACGCAUAACAAAUAAUUAUUAUUUGACUUAUUUUUAUAACAGCUGUGAUUCAACAGUACAUCCGUUUUAUUCCACAGCUAUUUAAUGAUUUCAAUAUAAUUUCUAUUCUCUAAUCGUUUAUUUUUUCUAUGUUUAAAAUAUGUCCACAUAACUUAUCAAACCUUGUUUCAUUUGCUUGGUUUGUGGUCGUAUUAUACAACGAUCGAAAUAUACAGGUCAAAUCGUUGGUCUCAUCACCGCUGUAUCUCUAUGCAGUUUAAUUUUCCUAUGUUUCGAAAAUACCUCCGAUUCACAACAUAUUAGCAUGCCACAGUACGUACAUUUUAUAUGUAAAACAAUUGGUAAUAAAUUAAAUUGAUCGUUUCGGUGAUUUUCGUAUUGACAUUAUUAUUUUAUGCAUUUCAAUUGCCUUUGACCCGUCGAGGUCAGUUUAAAUAUUAUACGUACUUGAAAUCCGCUCGUUUUGUCAAUAUUUGUUACUGUUUAAUAUAUCCGUCCACUACUACGGGUAAGUAUUGUAUUAAUCAUAAUAAAUAAAAAAGAGCGUUUCACUGGGGGGAAAAAUACUAAUUUAAAUGUUUAUAUUAAAAUACUGCAGCAUAAUAAAAACAAAACGAACGAUAAAAAAGUAUCAACGUGUCUUCCGAAUCGUUUGGUUUUCGAUUUCUGUAUUUCGAUAAAUAUUAUGUACAUACGUACGACGACGUUUUAUUUUCAACGGUGAAAAUGUACAUGUAAAAGUAUUAUGCAAAUUAUUAUAGACUUUGAUCGAUGAAUAUGACCCUUUGUCAUUUUUUUUUUCCAGUCGUGUCAUCCGGUCAAAGAAGGAUACCUCAAUGUGCAUUUUAUUCCGCAUACACAUGACGACGUUGGUUGGCUGAAGACCGUCGAUCAAUACUAUUUCGGCAGUAAGUGAAAUAAUUUUGUCCAAUUUAUAUAAAUAAAUAUCAAAAAUUACAAGAAAAAAAAAACAGAUGCUUUAAGCGUCUGAUAAGUAUAAAAAAAGAUGGGCGUAUGUAAUUCGCGCAAUAUCUAACAAUUAAUUUUGGUAAUUUGCACCACUUUUUAAGAUUGUAGUUUGCGCCAUUGUUCGCCUUAUUAAAAUUGUAAUUUGCGCCACUUUAAAAUAACUAAACAAUUUUUUUUAAACAGAUUAACAGAUACAGUAUUUUUAAUCGUUGAUCAAUCAAGUUAAUUUUAAUAGUACUUUUUGUUUACUAAAUAGGUAAUACAAUUUCGGUUAGCAAAAUAAAACAAAAAAAAAUCAGUAAUAUCAUAAUUAUAAUUAAAUGUAUAUAAGUAUACGUACUUUAUGUAUAAUUUUUAUUGGAUUGGACUUAGAUUAGACGUAAUCGAUUUCGUCUCUACUUAUUAUUAGUACAACACAACAAUAUUAUAUUAUAUCAAUGCAAUAUUAGUAAAUUCUAAUUAGCUGAUAAAUUCCAACAAUUGAAGUCGAGAGUGUGGCGCAGAUUACAUAUUCCAUUUCGUUUUCUAGCCUGGCGCAAAUUACUAAAAUUAAUUUUUAGGUGUACCGCAAAGUACAUUUUAUAUUUAUAUAUGUUGUCGCAAAUUACAAAGGUACGUACUUAAAUGUACCUAUUGGUGGCGCGAAAUACAAGUAAUAAAAUUGGCACAAAAUACCAUCUCCUAAAAAAAUGACACGCGUUCUUCAAAAUUAUUAAUAAUGUAUAGUUAAUUUGAAAAUGCUUUCAUUUUCAAUGAUCCUAAGACAAUUUAAACUAGAUGUGUUGUAUAAUUUAUCAGUUAUAUGUGUACGUAUAUAGAAUGCACACAAUAUAUUUUAUUAGAAUUAAGUAAAAAAUUACACAUGCCAUUAAUCAUUAAGUCAAAAGAUCCUUCGAAACAUUUCAUGUUGAAUUUGCUUUUUUUGUCUAAACCCCCCCCCCUCACCUCGAAAUCUAAAACCCAAAUUGGACUUUAUAUUCAAAGCUAUAGGUGCAGACGUUUCAGAACUAAUCGACAAUAGUAUUCAAGCUAUUGAAAAAACGACGCAAACUUGUGCAAACCUUAAAAAUAAGAACAGACACUGUAAAAAAUAAAAAAAUAAUAGGCACAUCCAACAAAAGCGUUAAACCAAGAGUAUUUUCCCUGGUGGAACGAUAGUAUUAAAAAAGCAAUAAAAAAAUAAAAUUUAGGUACUCCCAGAGAAAUAAAACACUUGAUAAUUUCAUAGAACUCAAAAAUCUCAGAGCUUAAGCGAUUGGUGAAAGAUUUCUGGUAGAAAAAUUAUUUACAGGCAGGAAAAAAUUACUCUCAGAAUCCGAAAAAUGAUUUAAAAGCAUUAUCAUAACACAAUAUUAUUGUUCUACGGUUUGAAAUCGGUAUAAUGGCGUGUUUUAUAUUGUAACUAACAUUCAACCUAAAAAACUCAAAAUUUAAAGUAAGAAUAAAAUAAUAAUAAAUAUUUUUAAAAAACGCCGACACAAUUAUUGAUACCCAAUAUCCGCCAACCGUGUAAUCGGCUACAUUACAUAAUGUCGAAAUUCCGUUCGGUUUGGUUAUGUUAUCACAAUAAUAAUAUUAUUGUUGCAAUAAUAUUAGUAUUGCUAGACGACAGUUGUUGUUCAACAAGUCACGAUACCAGUACUUGUACGUGGUAAAAUAUUGCGUCAUUUUCCGUCAAAUCCGUCGAAUCGAACCUGCAGGCUACAGUAUUCCAGAUCACCGGCACCGCUACUCUUUUUUAUCGAUUUUUUUUUCCAUUGAACCUUCGGGAUAUAUUUUUCAAAGAAGAACACACGUGUUUUAUUAAUGUAAAUUGUCAAUUGGAAUUGGAACUAAAAUCAAUAUGUGUAGAUAUACUUAUAUACUAUGUUUCGAAAUUUAAAAGAUUUAAAUUUCAACGGAAAUCGCUAUAUAGAUAGCGAUAGGCGCGUACCAGAUACUCGAUUGACAGUUUAAUGUCAAAAAAACCACCGUCAUUAUAAUCCCUAACCGAUUUAUCCAUUUCAAAGUCCGAAAUCCCGGAGUCCGCUAAACCCGUGUAUAUAUAUAUUAUUUAUACAGACGGGCUGUAAUACGAAUUUUACGGGUAUCAUGGCGGCGAAUGAUUAAUUUGCAUUAAAAUCCCUUUUUUUAUACGUUUCGAAAACUUUUAAACGAUACAAUAACAAUAAUUAUCGUCGGACGAGAGGAUAGUAUACAAAUUGAAUGUACGUCGUGACAGCAUAAUAGAAUUCAUGAGGUAAAUGAAAUGUAUAGGUUUUUAAACAAUGUCCUACGUAACAACUUUCCGGGCCCGGAUAACGGCGUAAGCGGUGUGACCUGCAGCUUACGCUAUCAAAAUCGGCGGGAAAGAGCUCCAAUAGUAUAGCGAUGGCAAUUUUUUUCUUUUUUUUUUUUUUUACUAAUUAUAAAUUCGUUGUAGCACAUUUUUUUUUUUUUCUAAUCAAGCAUUAAAUAUUCUGUAAAAAUUGUUGACAUAUGCUGUUCGGUAAAAUCAGUUUUACGAAGGUGUUGCUGUUCAGUUAGAGUUGCGUACCUUGAAAUCACUGUCGACAAAACCAGAAUGUAUAUCAUAUGUAUCCUAAUCUCAAAACAAUUAUGUGCAUGUACCUCUGUACAGGUCUUUGUACUGGUCAGGCGAGAGGGAAUUUUUAGUGCUCAAAUGUAAAGAAAAGUAAAAUUUUGUAUAUCAUCAACGAAAGCUGAUUCGGAGCGUAACGAGUUUAUUGGUUUUACUACAAUAUGAUGAGUGUUAUUCUUCUUCUUUGUGCCUGUGUAGAAUGACUUUUCUACCAGAAAACUUUCUCCGAAGUAUUAUGUGUAUUAGCUUAAUUUUAUCUAGUUGGUGCAUUGGGAGGUAAUUUUUUGAUUUUCUGAAGGGUUUUCACAAUUAUUUUGAAAAUCCCGAAAGAAAAUUCUACGGAAAAACGGUAAAUAUUCACGGCGCACCGCAACGUUGCCGUUUUCAUUGUUUUUAUUAUGUUAACACGAUAUUUUCUUCUAGAUAUAUUGUUCCUAUCGAAAAAUGAUAAGAGAUCGAUUUUGUUAAUUUUAAUAUGUAGCCACCGACAAAAAGAGUUGUAUUUUGAUAUCUAAAGUGUUUUUUUUUUUUUUUAUAAUUAUUGGGAAAAACAAAAAAAGACGAAAAAUACGAUUUUUUUUCAAAUUAUGGCGCAAUGAUUUAUUAUUUCAAAAUUGUACGGCUGAUGUUUUAUACAAUACAUAUUGCUCUAAUAGAAAAACAAAAAGCCAUCUUUUUGUUGAAUUUUCAGUCUAAUUGGUAGGUAAGUAAGAAAGUCGUUUUUCGAUUUUUUUUUCUGCAGUUUUAUUAAUAAAAAAAUUAGGAAAAAUUAGGACACUAUUCUCGACGAGACGUUCUAUGCACGUACCUACACAAUAACCCUGGAUGAAUGUCAUUUUAUUCUGCUCUCUACCUCCUAUUCACUGUAAAUAUUAUUAAUUUAAAGCAGCGAAGUUAGAUGAUAACCAAUGGUGUUUACUGUUUACGUAUUAUAUAUGUUAUAUAGGUAUAUUAUAAUAUUUGUCACGCUGGAACGGAAAAUCUCCACGUGAUCUAUAAACAAUGCGGACCGAACUCAGUGUCCUUUUGAUGUUUUAUAUUUUUUUGCCCGUAUCAACCGCUGAGUAAUUAUUAUUUGAACAAACUUCCACGAAUACAACGUGAAACGUUUUAGAUUCUGAGCGAACGGAGAAGUGAAGGACUUUGCAAAAUUGUGUGGGCAUACUCGUAUUUCGUCACUGAAAACUCACAUAAAAUUAAUUUAUAUGAAACAUAAAAAGGGCAAUUAUCCCCACCUGAUAGUACAGUAUAAUAUAUUUUUCUAAUGAUGCGUCUUUUUGUUUUGUUAAUUUUUUCAUCUAGACAAAUUCGAGGGCUAUAAUUUAUAACAUUUAAAACGGGUGUCAUUUAUUUUCGAUUUAAUUUGGAACGUAUUUAAACUUAUAUUCACUUUCGUCACGUCAUUUAAAAUUGUUUUUCUAUUUUUAGCAAAUAGUUCCAUUCAAUUGGCGGCAGUGCAAUUCAUCUUAGACUCCGUGAUCAGCGAACUGGCAAAAGAUCCAAACAAAAGGUAAUAUGUGUAUUAUAAUAUCCAUAGAUUUAGAUGAAACAUUCAGUAAUAAUAAGUCGUGCCAGUGGCCCGAGGAUUAGAUGGAGUGUUUCAAUUGAGGCUGUCCUUGGGUGGAGUAUUUUUAUCUCUCACACAUCGACCUACUAUAUCAGUCUCAUCUCUUGAUCCGUUUGGCACAACCACGCCAGUCCAAAGUUCUCAGGCUUAAUGUUCCAUUUAUGAUAUAUUAAUAUCUAUACAAAUGCCUAAGUCUAUACCUACAUAAUCGUGUUUAUUUAACUAUAUACCACAUACCAAAAUAUUGCCAACAUGAUGUUCUGGGGUCGCAGGUUCAUUUAUGUAGAGACGGCGUUCUUUUGGAAAUGGUGGGUCGAUCAGUCAGAGGAAACGCAGAGAAUCGUCAAAGAUCUCGUGGCGUCGGGACGGUUGGAGUUCAUCGGUGGCGCGUGGAGUAUGAACGAUGAAGCUGCUUCCAAUUACAUGUCAAUUGUCGAUCAAUUCACUUGGGGCUUAAGGUAAUAUACAUGUGAGAACUUGUAGACUUUUAACGCGUGAAUUUUGAAUGUUUUAACACAUGAACAUUGAACAGUAAAAAUACCAUACAGUAAAAAGAUGGCUCUGUUAUUAUACUAACAUUAUACCAACCCCAAAUUAAUGGGGUUUAAAUGAGGUUUUCAAUAAUGUAACUAGAUUUUUCUAGAUUCUGAGAGGAAAAACGUAAAUUAAAUUUAUGAUGAUGGGUGCUUUUUUUUCUGUCUGUGAACAAAUUUCUGAUCAGAAAACUUGCAAACUAUUUUCAGAAGAGUAUCGGAGUCAAAAAGUAAAACGCGACUGAAUAUAAAAAAAUAAAUUAAAGAAUACAUAUAUUUUACUUUUUUACUUUGUGUACUACCUGAUGAUGAAUUUUUAAUUCAAAACUGGUCGUACAAUGCAAGCGAUAAUACUCCAGGCGACGCAAUAAUUAAUUAAUUAAUUAAAUUUCUACGUAUAAAUCAUUUAUUUAUAUUGUGUACAAAAUUUCUCCUAGAAAUCUCGCCCCAAUCAAAACAUAACAAUUGACCUUCUUUGUUGGAUUUUGGUUCUAGUCGGCACUUUGGAAAUGUAAUUUUUAAUAUUCGAGAUAAUGAGGAAAAACUGGUUAUUUAGAUUCAAAAGCUUAAAAAUAAGGUUGUUAUUGGCAAUCCCUUUAAUUCAUUUUUUGUUAUAAUUAAGUUUUUAUUGAAAUAAUUAUUGUAUAAAACCGCACAUUGUUGAGAAAACAAUACUAUUGACCUACCUCUACUCAGAAUCGUUUUUCAUCAAUGAUUAAUCGUCACUUACUAGUCACCCGUGGUGCGAACUAUGUCCGUUUUUCUUCUUUCUGGGAAAACUGAAAAACUACCGAAAAAACGGAAAUAUUUUGGGCAAUAACGGUUUAUCGAAUACGCUGGCGUUUAUUUAAGUUAAAUAUUUGAGGUUUCUGUUUGUUUUAUGUGGAUACAUUGUUUUGGCUUCAUAUUAAUGCUCUUAAAUUUUUACUUUAUUUUGCUGAGAUAAUGAUAUUUCUGUAGUACAAAAUAUUACAAUUUCUAUAUUUACCAGCGCGUACUAAAUAAAAAAUUAUAACAUCAAUAAUAACAAUGGUAAUUUCCGGUUACAGAAAGUUGAACGAUACGUUCGGCGAGUGCGGAAGGCCGCACAUCGGUUGGCAAAUCGAUCCGUUCGGCCACUCCCGGCAAAUGGCCACGCUGUUCUCACAAUUCGGUUACGACGGCCUGUUUUUCGGACGACUCGAUUACGAGGACAAAGGGCAAAGGCUGUCGAAAAAGACGGCGGAGAUGAUAUGGCAAUCCAGUCCUAAUCUCGGUAAUUAUUGAAAUAAUAACAUUAUAGUCGAAAAUAUAACGUAAUAAAACGUAAAAUUAGUUCUAUAGUAAUGCUAUAGUAUCCCCAGUGGUGAAUCCAAGGGGAAAAGGGUCAUUGGGUCAUUUCCACUCCCUCUGUUGAACAUACUUUAAUAAAAUAUUAAUAGGUACUUUCCAAGUUUAGUAUUGGACACAUUUUAGUUACUCCCCUCUCCUAGAAUAAUUCACGGAUCCAUUCAUCGUCCAUGUGUGACCGCAUGUCGUGAUAAAGCUCUUACUAUACCUACACGUACUAGUAAUAGUAAUACGUAAUAAUAUGCAUACAAUAAUAAGAACAAUAUUUUCGAUGUAGUAAUAAUUGUAAAAAAAUAUCUGAUUUUUUGGUAGGUAGUUUUUUUUUGUAUACAAAUUACACAUUUUUAAAAAUAAGAAAUCUAAGGCACGCAGGACUACGGCGAAUCAUUACGCGUCGUACAUUCGAUUAAAUCUAGAGAGAUCAAAGCUGCGAGUACCGUUAAACCAUCAUCUCCCCGUUCUUUAACGAAUCGGUGCGAGAUAAUACUAUAAAUUUUGUAUUUUCGCUGCGACGUUAAAAAAUACGCUUGCCUCGUUUUAUCGGGCAAAAUAAAAUAUAACAAUAUUAUAAUCAAUCGCAAUAUUCACCGUGUUCGUUAAUGAAUCGAAUCGAUAGUCUGCAGCGAUUGUAUAAUUCAUAAUUAUUAUAAAAUAAAAUCGAAUUUGACUAAUUUCAGCGAAAUGUCGUUAUUAUCCACAUUCGAUAAAACGUGAAAAUUAUUUUAAUACCUACGCACUCGCCCGGUAAUAUAAUAAUAAUAAUGCGGUGCAGUGUAGGUAAUUUUCCGAAUGUACUGUUGAAUUGUAUUACGUCACGAACAGUUUUUAACACGGCGUUUUGUAAACCGAUCGGUUUACCAUAAUUUAUAAUAUUUUGUAGUGAUAUAGGUACGACGAACACGGCGUUAUAUUUAUAAUAGUACCUGUUGACUGUUAUUGGGUCUUCUUAUCGCCUCCGAUCAUACAAUUCCUUUUUGUCACUCGAUUCCUAAAUCGUUGUGAUCAGUGGCCGCGAUCCGGAAGUGCGGUGGAUUCAGGGCAAUACAGCACUUAUAAAUCAUUUCUCUUCCUCCCCACCCAAAAGAAAAAAAAUUAAAAUUUCUUUUUACGAAUCCAAUACGCGUAAUAAUUAUACGUAUUUUUAUAGUAAUACAUUUAUCGUUUUGUUCAUAAUACGAAGCAUUAUGGUAAAAGUAAAAUAAUAUCACGGUAUAGGUAUUAUAGUCAAAGGUAAAUAUUUGCCCGUUUAGACAAAAUUGUACCUGAAGAAAUAAAUUACAUGAAUUUCAUAGACCUCCCCGAUAAUAAGUCCCGAUCGCUUCACUGUUCGUAGCUGUCUUUAUAUCCACGUCUACAUCAAAACAUUCGUUUCACUCUGUUCGCGGGUGUUCGUUAUAAUACAAUUUUAAGAGGUUUAAACUAUUUUAAUUAUUUUAAUUGUCGCCAACAGUUUACAAAACUAUACUAGCAAUAAUACAAAAACCAACAGAAAUAAAUACUUGUAUAUCGUCGAAGAUAAUAAUAUCGUUCACAUUUUACAAAUCAUAAGUAUAUUUAAAAUAUUAUAAAUACUUACGUAUUAUUUGUUUACAAGAAAUCUGGAUUUUGGUCCAAGAACACUCUUAAUACGUUAGUUUGUGAACGAACAAACUGACGGAUAAAAAGUUUUUUUUUCGGAUUACAAUGAUUUUUCUCCGGGCUUUUAAUCAUUUCACUCGAACGAGCUAUAUGAAUAUAUAUAUAUAUAUAGCAUCUCAUCAUUGCUGCGGGCAUUAUGAGAUCCCAUAAAAUAUAAAAGAUAUCGCUAACUUGAUAAUUUUUUUUUCGUUCGAAAUAUACUUCGUAUUUUACAUCCGAUGCUUCGACUACGAAUAAAAAAAAAACCGAACGAUAUAAUCCCGUAAAUUUCAUUACGUUUUGAAUACUUUUUAUAACAGUUUUAUACGAACAUAGAAAAUAAUGCAAUUGACGUCAGUGGCGUACCCGGGAUUUUUCAUUGGAUAGUUCCAGAAUAUAGUACAUAGAUAUAUUAAAUAAAAUUAUAUAUACGUGUGCAAAAUACGUCUACAUUUAUUGUAAAACGAUUUUCUUCUUGAGGUUAAUUUGCAAAAUACAUAAUUUGUAUAGUACGUGCAAUAAUUAUUUUGUACUUAUUUGACUGCUAAGUCACGGAAAAAAAAAUUAUUUAAUUAUUGAAAUAAAUUGCUAUUGAAAAUGUUCGGACCUUAUGUUAAUACAUAAGGCUAUCGCAUUAUACCUUAAUACAUACGUUAUACAGGGUAUUUAAGUAUAACGCGUAAUGUAUAAUAAGUCUACAAUUUGCAUGUAACUAUAGUAUUUUUUUUCCUUCUGCUGAUCGCAUAGUUGGUACCUACCUACUAAAAUAAUGAAAAAUCGUAGGUAGACCACAUACUAAAUUUCAUUGCAGUGUUUCGCAUAUUUUUAUAUUAAAAAAUGAAAAUUAAAUGUAUAGUUGCUUAUUAUAAGUAUAAUACUAGGGGAAUUGUGGGGGUAUGCAUGUGUCUGUAAUUUUAGCACCUCCCCCCCCCCAAAGUUGGUGAUCUAGUCACGCCUAUGCAUAUACUAUUUUAUUAAUUAUACGUUUGUAGUUGAAAUAAAUUAUAUUUUCUUUAAGUACCUGCCUAUAAUACUAUCACCGUUUCGCGGUUUAGGUUCGUCGGCGGAUUUGUACACGCAAGUUCUGUACAACUACUAUAGCGCGCCCGACGGUUUUUGUUUCGACAUCGUAUGCGGCGUGAACCCCAUCGUGGACGACAAACGAAGCCCCGAGUAUAACGUCGAAGCCAAGGUAAAAAACCUAAAAAUAAAAUUCAUAUUAACAAAUAAUUUUUAAAUUAUUAUUCAUGCUUCAAUAAAUACGUUUUUUUGCCCGGAAUUCUGCGAUGUCCAAAAUACGCGAUGUUACAAUAUUAUAAUAAUAUUAUAUUGCACACAUUGUGACGUUAUGGCGUGCGGUGUGUAUGAUUGAAAAAAAUAAUAUAAAAAUAGGCGAAUUAUCUGAUCGAUUACUUGCGGCACCAAGAGAAAGCGUUUCAGUCUCACGGCAACGUAAUAUUGACGAUGGGCGGAGACUUUACGUAUCAAGACGCCAAUUACUAUUUCAAAUCCCUAGACAAAUUGAUCAAGUAAAUCACAUGCACUAAUAUUAUAUGCCUAUUCGAUAUAUUUCGCGGGCUCCCGACAAAAAAAAAAAUAAUAAAUAAAAAGUAGUAUAUACCUACCACUAGGGUUUUCGCGAUAAUUAUUGUUUAUCGGGCCGUCGUUUUUAGUGUCAAAUAUCUUUAUAGUGUAUGAGUAUUCGUCGAGAUCGCACUUUAUUGCUUUAUGUGUCCCGCCGAUUAAAUAACGGGUAAUAUCGACGUACACGUCCAGAUCCUAUAAAAUACCUACAAUAUAUUACGGAGUAAAAGUUGUAGAUUGAACCCCGAUUUAAAGAAGUAAAACAAGUUUUAAAAAAUGAUUUUCGAUACUUAUUUUGUGUCGGGAGUCCGCGGCCAAGUAAAAUAAUGUAAAAAUAACGUGUACAUAGGUGGACCGGUUAAUCGAGUACGUUAGUAAACAAAGUUCUCGAUACCGUUCUAACAACGUGAUAUUAACAAUGGGCGAAGAUUUCCACUACACUUCCGCGGCUAUUAACUUUCGUAGUAUGGAUAAACUUAUUAAGUUAGUAGUAAAUAGCGAUGCACAAUGAUUUUCAUAACGGGGUUUUUUUUUUCUUUCGGCUUUGCGUUUGACAUUCAUAUUACGCGCUGAAAUAAUAACAAUUAUAUUGGACAAUAUUGUGCAUAAAUGUACGCUUUUAAAUACAAUAACUUACCGCACUGUACAUAACCGAAAUUAUUGUUUUAACGAUACCUUUAAUUUUUUAAUAUUUAGAUGAUAUGUUGUGUUUAUAUUCCACGGAAAACAAGUUUUCGGUUAAUAAAAAUAUUCCGAUUAGUUCACUAGGUAUCUUAAACGCCGUGGAAUUUCCGCCUUAUUGUACAUUAUUUAAAACGCUUUUUGAAAUGAUCAACUGUUCUUCCCUAUAUCCUAUUUUAAUUUGUUUUACGCGAAAAUACGUUUUCAGUUCACCGAAAAUUCAUCAAAUUGUUGCACCUCGAAAAAUACGAAUUUUUAACCCUGUGGUACUAUAUUUGAACAUUUUUUUUUUUUAGAUUCCAACUAUUUUUCAGGAAAAUUCAAAAAAAAAAACUGACAACAAAUGACCGUCUAUGUACGGUCAUUUGUUGUUUUAUUUUGGUUAAUUUCUGAGCUACACUGAAAAAUACGACUAAUAUAGUUACUAGUUUACCGAGCUUCACUUAGAAUUGGUUUUUUUCAUUACAAUAGUUUAUCUCUAAUAAAUAAAUCUUCAUCAUAUACCUUUCCAACGCCCCACCUACUGUACAGUAACUUAACCAUAGUGAGGAGUAUGUCCGGCUUUUUAAAUUUUAUCGUUGAAUAAUUUCGUACAAAUCACAAUAGACCGAACAUGAGUUUCAAAAAGUUUUAAAACCCCAUUCUUUUGGAAGAACGUGUAAUAAAUAAUAAUUAAUAAUUUGUUUAGUUUUCGUUUAAUAACCAAUUAACCCACUACAAUAAGCAAUAUUAUUAAGCAUGCGCGAUCAAUUAAUUGUUAUGUAUAAAUUUAUACAAUUUCAAUUUUAUAUUGCACUAAUCGUUACUUAUAGAGUUACAAAAAAAACAUAAUUUUAGAUUUAUAAGUACCUACAUAAAAAAUACUAUGAAAUUAAUAAUAUAUAUAUUUUUUAAUAUAACUACACAUUACAUAUGUAUAUCAUAACAAAAUUAUUCGAAUAUUGGCUAAUCUAAAACAUUUUGCAGUAUGCCGACAAUUUAUUCGUUGCACACCUGUUCGUACAUAUUAUUCUAGUGUAAACAGUUAUGAAAUAUUUUAUAAAUUAAAUUUUGCAACCAUUCCGAGUAGGUGAUUUCCUGAAACAGACGAAAAAUACUAUACAGUAGGUAUAAUAUUAUAAUCCUACAGUUUGUAUAGGGUAAGCGAUUUCACAGUACACACACUCAUGGACAAUAUAAAACUCUGAAGCCGAAUGCCUAUAGUAAAAACAAAUCCAUUGUAGGAAAAAAAUUGUUUGGGAAAUGUAUUGCCUAUAUAUUUCUAGACCGGUCGGUGACGGAAUAGCGUAAAAUAAUCGAUUUGAACAUAACUUAUAGUUGUGCCUAUACUCAAAAAAGAACUACGUUCCGACAAAAAACGUGACGUCGGCGGAAAACAUAUAAUUACUCGUAUUUUAUUUUACACGUACGAACGAAAACCAAUUAACAAAUAGAAUAUUACAUCCAGUAACAGAUUACAGCAUUAGAAAAAAAGAACAUACAAUAAAUUGAUAGAAACAUUUGUAACAUUAGUACUGUAUCUAAAAAGCAAACGUCAGAACUUAUUGGACCAAACCAAAGUUAGCUGAACGAUAGAAAUGAUUCGGAAGAAAUUCUUAAAAAGUUGGAGGGAAGAUGAGAAAUGUGGAAUAUCAAAGGUUGCAGCAGUGGAGUGAGUGUGGAAAGAAGGAACGCUUAAAUCAAUAUCGACGAGUGGAGAAGGAGAAUCGAUUUGAUUAUAUAAUAGUUCGGAAAGGAAAUGUUGUUUAACCAAAUGACUACAUUUGGCAAGGUUAUAAAGGACUAACGGAAAAGCAGGACGGGUAGCGAAUGUCUAGCUUGAAACCGACCAUUCUAAUAAACUUUAAAGCGACAGAAUUUUUAGGGUUCCGCAGGACGAAACCAUAGUUCAGGACGGAACGUAAUACAAAUGCAGAGUAAAAAGCCUUGAGUGAUGCAAAGUGACAAAACUCGUGACAGAUACGGUUAAUGGAAUCGAACAACUCGAAAUAUUUGCCACAAACGUCUUCACUAUGUUCAACACAUAUACGAUAUCGAAUGCUAAUAACUGUUAUUGUUUAUUGUAAAAUAUAAUAUUACUAUCGAUAAUUUGUUCCAAUAUAAUGUUACGCAGAUCGGGGACGUGCAUUGUAGUAUAUCACGAACGUGAACAUAUUUUUUCAGGCCCAGAAUCUCAUCGCGUAUGCGAUCAAUCAAUCUUUACACUACCGAACUAAUAACAUUAUACUAACGAUGGGCGACGAUUUUCAAUAUACCGACGCGGCCGUUAAUUUUUAUAACAUGGAUAAACUUAUUAAGUUAGUACCUACAUAUUAUAAUAUUACUUAUAUCAAGGGUGGCGAACCUAUGGCAUGCGUUCUGAUAAAGGUGAUGCGCCGGUCGAAUUUCAAUGGCACGCUAAAAAAAUAAUAUAAUUUAUAAAAAUUUGUAUGAGGAAAAAAAUUAACAGCAUAAAAUAUACAUGGAUUAUGUUUAAAUAUUGUAUUGUAAAAAAUUUAAGAAAUACAUUGUUAAAUUGGUAAAUUUUUACAUAACAAUGAUGAAGAUAAAUGUCAAAUUUUAAAAUUGGGAGGGGGAGUGAUGGAGAAAUGUACGUGAUAGGGUCUCUAUGGAAAGUAAUUUUUGUUACUAAAAAUUCAGAAAAUGUAAUUUUUAAGGUUUCGUUUCCAGACAUAUGUCAUUCGAUAAAAAAUUGGCACGAUGUGUCAUACUAACAAUUUGUUCAUAAACUUAUAUUUGUAAAAUACUAUUCUCUACAACGAAUUUUAUCAAAUCUUCUUCUUCGCCUUCAUUCCAACUAUUUGAGGUCGCCCAUUCUCGUUCUAAACUUCCACUUGACCUGAUCUCCUACCUUGUAAGGCAUGCGAGGUGUAUCACCUCGCAUACAUUUUUAUCAAAUCGAAGCAAAGAAAUGAUUUUACUGAUGAAACCACUGUUGCUUGUGUAUUCUAAAUCUUUCAAAUUACAUUACUGAUGUUAAGUAUUUAUCUGUUAAAAACAACAACGCAAACCAUAUUGAAAUAAAAUUAAAUUUUGAAAUAUACAUACUAUACAUAAUUUAUGAAAAAAAAAAAAAAAAAACGUGUACUUAAUAAAAUAUAAUAAAAUGUAUUAUUAUACUUAUAAAUAUCAAACAUAUAUAUGUAUAUUAUAUUUACCCUUUAUUCUUGGAAAAUAGACAUUUUUUGCUUCGGACACGAGAACAAUUUUAAAAACUGAUUGCGAAAUGCUGUCACUCAAAAUAGGUUCGCCACCCCUGACUCGUAUCUAUAAACAUCCCUGUUCUCUAUAUACCUGUAUAAUAUUAUGUUGUGCGCCUGCAUAAAUGUUUUAGAUUAAUUGAGUUUAACACCCAACAAACCGUCGUUAUUAUAUUAACGCCACCGUAUCGUCGAUUGAUUUUGUUAUUUUUUUACUCGCAUAGGCGCUAAUUAGACAUUAAAUUUAUGAUGGGACUUCAGCCCUUGCGAUAAAUAAACUAAGGAGGGCUUUGUCCCACAUCCCUCCCUCGUUUCACCAACACAUUACAAUAAUUUUUAACAGAACAUAUCUCAUACUGUCUGUGAUUAUUUAUUCCAUAGUGUGUGUGUGUAGUGUGGCAUAACUAUAAUACGUAUAAUAAAAACGUGGUAUUGAGGUUAACAUUAAACGAUUAAAUUAUAUCGUUAUUAUGAUUAUAUUAAGUAACGAAUUCAAGUUUUUAAUUUUUUUUUUUUAUUUCUACGUGAUAAAUUAAUAAUUACAGUUUAAGUCGCCGCUCAGUACUUGCAAAUAUUAUUUACGAUCUCUUCUUUAUUUAGAACAUAUUUUGAUAUAUCUCGUUCAAUAUCUAUAAAUUAUAAUAAACAACAUAGAGUAUCGAUUUGGUAACAUUGUUGAUCUUAUAAUAUAAUAUUUAUUAAUACGACGCAUUGUUGAAAAUGUUCUUUCACAAGAUACGAAAUCUCUAGGGGGGAAAGUGCUGAAUGUAGCAUUUUAUAUACAUUUAGAAAAAACAGAUUUUUCAACAAUAUUCUUUAAUCACUUUAAAUUCUCUUGAUGAUUGUUAAUAUUUUCUAUUUGAUUAUCAUAAACAUUUUUUGAAACGAAGAUUUUUUUAAAUUUAAAUUCAGUUCCAUUUAUAUUUCAUAAAGCCUGAAGUAAAAAAUAUUCUUGUUUAUGAUACCUUAACGGUGAUUAAAUAUUUAAUUAAAAUACGAUUUUAACAGUUUCAAUCCAUUGGUGCGGCUAGAAUUUGACAUUGGGGGCUGAAAUAAUAGUUGAAGGAUUUAGUCCCAAACAUAAAUCUUUUACAGAAAUCUUAUGUUAAAAUCAUUGCCGGCUAAGUUUUCAUUUCGUGAAAAUAUUCGUUUGUAUACGAAUACACAAUUCACAGCCGAAAUACGUCGUAAUGCUAUUGUCGUAUUUUUUAUCUGGUUAUUUAACCAUUAUGGUGUAGGUAAAUAAAAUAUUGUACUAACCGAUACAUUAACAAUAAUAAUAUUAUUAAUAUUAUAGUGUUAUACGUACAUACAUUAAUUGCACGGCGGUUUGAUUAAAAAUAUGUUUUCUAUAUUUUAUUUUCUAUACAUACUAUAAACGGCUAUUCACUGUAUUUAAAAUUUAACAAUUUUCCUUCAAUAAACUCACAAAACUUAACUGAGCGGUAUCAUUGUUGUUAUUAUUAUUGAUUUGUAGACACAUAAACUCGAAACAAGCGUCCGGCAGUAAAAUCAACGCGAUAUACUCCACGCCGUCGUGUUAUCUGAAAGCAGUAAACGAUCACAAAAUCUCGUUCCCGACGAAACAAGACGAUUUUUUCCCGUACAAGAGCGACAAACAUUCGUAUUGGACCGGUUAUUUUACGUCCAGACCGACGCAAAAAUAUUACGAACGAAGGGGAAAUAAUUACCUGCAGGUACGUGAACGAUUGUUAAAGUAAACAUAUAACUACCAUUGCAUACUAGUGUAUUUUAGAACCAGGCCUGUGAAUUGAAUGCAUUUUCAUGUUUUUUUUUUUUACAUAUAAUAUUUUUAAAACAAAUUUAAAUAAAUAUAAUACAUUUUAAAAUAAGUUUUUAAUAUUUAAUGGGGUAUGUCCGUUAUGUAUAAAUUCACGAAUUUAAUGCUUUUAAAUUCUGGCUAUCUGGCAUCUCUUAAAUGCCUGUACAUAACUUUUCUACCAGAAAUCAUGCUCCGUUCAUCCGCUAUAGGAGCAUGUUUUUUAAAAUCAAACUGUAUCUAGUUAGUGUACCAUUUGUAAUUUUUCUUAAUGAUCUUAAUUCGGUUGAAUUCAAUCAUAACAAGGGACGUUACUUUUUUUAAGCCUCAUAGUACCCUUUCUUUUAUUCUUCCAAUUUAAGUACUGGUACGGGAAGCUCAUUUUUUUAUUUCUCCUGUUGAUUUCUUCUGAUUGGCAACAACGGGGAGAAAAUUACUACUUUAGUCCGACCAGUGAAAGAUUAGAUUAUUAAGUUCAAUAAUUUGUUUUCCUGACUAUAUGACGUUAUCGGUAGUAUUACACAAAAUGCACAGUACCUAUAUACACUACACAUCACGCGUUGUCGUUGUUUUCUGCAGACGUGCAAACAGUUGGCCGUCCAAAGUCUGACGGGCUCGAAAUACGAGGAGAAAAUCACGACGCUCCGGGAGACGAUGGGAGUUAUGCAACACCACGACGCCAUUACCGGCACAGAAAAACAGCACGUGGCUAAUGAUUACGCGCGGCUGUUGAGCGAAGCCAUCGAGGAGUGCGAAGAGACGUCGCACGCCAUAUUAUCGUAAUUCCGUUUUAUUCUUCUUGAUUUAUGUAUAUAUAUUCUGAAUGUUUGCCGAGGAAUGUAUUUUUUUACUAGGCAAAUUAUCUGUGCCGAGAUAUUUUACUGUGUCUUAAUUUUCUAUCUAUAAUAUAAACCACAUUUCUACCAAAUAUUCUACUCCGAUCACCAACUUCAGCUAGGGACAGCUAAAUGUGUUUAGUUAGUGCACUGGAGAGGUCGUUUUGUGAUUUACCUUGUAGUUUAUUGAAAAAUAUGCAAAAACGUCGGAAACCGGAUAUAUUUAAUAACGGUUUCUGUUAUUUUCGAAUUUUUUUUUUUUUUGUGUGUGUGUGUAAUUCUAUUAAAAAUACCCGUAGAGACGUUAAACUUUCACACCGAAUCCUUAUAUUAAUAGCACUUUUUAGACGCGGUACAAUUUUCAAACCAUUCUAACAUUUUUCGGGCUGACAACUACAAUACAAAUGCCUACAAACAUAAGUAUUAUGUAUGUCUUUCCUUUCGAACUUCCUAACGACAACAGUGACCUACUGGUGUUGCAAACACGUUGGGUUUUUUUUUCACCUCCGUGGAUUCUUAUUGUUUCAGAGGGUUCACCGGCAUCGAUUACGGGACGCCAUCGCCGGCCCGAGAGACCUGUCACCUGUUGAACAUCAGCCAGUGUCACGUGUCGGAGCGCUACGAACAGUUUGUGGUCACGUUGUACAACCCGCUCGGCCGGCCCGUCAACGAAUUCGUCCGGUUGCCCGUGUCCAGCGAAACGGCUUACUCGGUGGUCGACCCUGGCGGUCAACGGCUCACGGUCCAGUACGUCCGGUUGCCCCAGGCCGUUUUGCGCGUGCCCGGCCGCGUGUCGACCGCCACUACGGAACUCGUGUUCCGCGCGGCCGAUUUGCCGCCAUUGGGCUACAAGUCGUACCUGAUCACCCGAGAAAAAGUCAACCGACAGCAAAGAGAAACGCAACCGAAAACUAACGGUGGCAUAGAUGUCGGCGACACGGUAUGGCGUACAAUUUUCAUAACACAAAAUCGUCUUAUUCACCUUUAUCCCACGAGGGAGUCGGCUAUACAGCGUGUUUUUAAAACAAAAUAUGCGGAAACCUGUCAACAAAUAUCGGGUGUUAGAAUGACGAUGUUUUUGGAAUUUUUUCUUCCGUCUUCAAAACCUGGGUUUUUUUAAAUUUAUUCUUUAGAAUAUUAUUUCGCGCAAGUACAACAAUGUAUAUUAUUUUCGUAUAGUGACUUUGUGGCAAGUUACAUCAUUAAUUAAACUCAUGAAAAUAAUCAAAUAGUAAAAAUGUGAUAAACCCCCCCCCCGGGUUUCGGAGGUAUACACAAAAUUCCAAAAACAUAUUCGCCAUUCGAACACUCCGCUGAAUAGCUCGCUAUACGCAUUUACUAAUUUUCCCCUUUCAAUUCAGAUACACCCUGUAUUACAUAAUAUGUAUAUAUAUUAUACAUAAGGGUUUUUCUUUUUACAAUGCGAUUUUAUCAAUAGCUUUUGGGGCUAAAAAUGGACGAAAACGAUCCCAGGAAGUUCGUCCUGUACGCCGGCGGUGAUGAAGUGCCGUUGAUCCAGGAGUUUGCGUAUUACAGGAGCAUGGCGGGUGACAAUGAAAAAGACUACAACAGAUCGUCGGGCGCUUACAUAUUCCGGCCGAACGGCACGGCGGUACCGGUGUGCGAUAAACAGAAGCCUCCCGAACGAAUUUCAGGUCAGUCGAGUCCCCUAAAGCAGUGUUUCUCUACAUUUUGGACCUCCUACACUAACCCCUAAGUGAAUGUUUAAUUUUUUUAUCCACCUUUAAAUAUAAUUAUUUUAUACACGGUGGUCCAAUAUUUAUAUUUUUAACGAUCAUAAAUCGGUGACCUCCGAAGGAGUUGUGACUCCCUUAUAACGCCUUAUAUUAUGUGAAUACACUCUAAACUUAUGGCUGUUUGACACGAAUUUUCGUUUAUGGUUGUCUGUUAUCAGGGCCGGUAGUGCAAGAGAUUCGACAAGAAUGCAACGAAUGGGUGAGUCAGGUGAUACGAAAGUACGACGGAGAAGAUCACAUCGAAUUCGAAUGGCUCGUAGGACCCAUACCGGACGAGUGAGUCCAAUUGUUAUCCACUCGACGCACUUUACCCAGUGAUAUAAUGAUAAUACAGUUGCGUCUUAUUUUUCGCAUAGAGACAAAAUCGGCAAGGAAAUCGUAUCUCGUUUCCACGUCCCGUUCUACCAGAACAACGAAACAUUCUACACCGAUUCCAACGGCCGGGAAAUGUUGAAGCGCGUGUUAAACUACAGGCCGUCGUUCACCCUGAAAGAAAACGUGGAAAACGUGUCGGGGAAUUAUUAUCCAAUUACCUCGCGCAUUUCAUUGACCGACGACAGCACGCGGUUUUCUGUGCUCAACGACAGGUCCCAAGGCGGAUCGAGUCUUCAAACCGGAGAGAUCGAGCUCAUGGUACUUAGUAAACUUUUUUUAAUUUUUUUUGAAAGGAAACUUUGCGCUAAGUAUCUAGUCUCGACAAUUAUUACGGAAGGUUAGAAAAACAAACAAUAUAAUAUAUAAGAACUAAAAACCUAAAUAAGCAGUCCGGUGUUUAAAAUAAAGGAAAAAUUUGCACGGAUGACCCAUUGUUAUUAAAAGGAAAGACGAUGUUGCGGAUAAGGAGGAAUAUCAAAAGAGUUUAGAAAGGAAUAAAAGCGCAGACGAUCCGAGAGGGAUGGGCAACAAAAGAGGAUAUGGUUAAUGUUACAGAUAGAUGAGGAGCGAUGUAAGGUACAAAGAGGGGAAUCAUUGAGGGACAGCUGAAAAGCGUAGGAGGGAAGUCAGGUGUGUCCGAAACGGAGGCUAAUUACUUUACGGUACAAAAAUAUAUUGUUUUUAAAUUCUCAAAUUGUUUCCAUUUCCUUUUUACCGGGUUUAAGCGGAGACAUUUCCUGAUUAUUUUGUCCGGAGUUGUUCAGUUUUUUCAGAAUUUUGACUAAUCGUGUCCCAUAUUAACACACGCAGGUACACAGGCGAAUAUUCCACGAUGACGCUUUUGGCGUCGAUGAAGCAUUGAACGAGACCGCUUUCGGCGUGGGUCUGGUGGCUAGAGGACAGCACUAUCUCACUUUCGGUUCGAUCGACAAACAGUUUGCGGUGGAAAGGUUACUGGCACAAAGAAAACUCAUCAGGCCGCAAUAUUUUUUCACGAAAAUAGAAAACGUCGUGUCUCACGAAGAGCUGCGGAAAACAAGUUUGCUACUGGUACGAUAUAUUUUAAUUAAGGCAGGCCAUUUAUGUGCCCUAUUUUGUAGAUAAAUAUACAGUUAAGCCCUAAAAAUUAACAAAAAAAAAAAAAAAACAAAAAGGUUGAGAUUUUUAAAUGUCUUAUUUUACUAAGCGAUGUGCUGUAUCUACUAUAGUUUAUUUUUUUCAGCCUGAAAACAGAAAUUAUUCUUACUCAGUAUAAACGAAGGACUUAAAAUAUCUUUAAAGAAGAAAACUGGUGUUGAUGAUAAAUAGUAAAACAACUCAUAAACAAUAUUUUAUCUAAAAUCGCAUACUAAAGUUAUCAGCUAGUCUGUUCGUAUUUAUAUAUCUCGAACAAUAAUUUUGUUGACUUGGAACACUUUUUACAGGCCAUGACCUUUUGUGAAACCCAUUUGUCGCUUCUACCAAAUUUUUCUAACAGUUGCAUCUUCGAUUCUCGUCUUAUAUUAUUUCAGAUCCUUGUUCAUCCGACCUAUCCACUACUGGCGGGGUCUCACCCGUGAUCUUUUUACAUUUGGCUAACACUUGAUGUAUUAUUUUAUCCUUUACUCAACAGACAUGGCCCACUAACUCAUCAGUUUUUUUUUUUUUCAAACUUCGCUUAUUUAAAUAUAUUUUCGAUCACGCUGAUCCUCCAUUUUCACAUUCCUGAUUUCAUUUUUAUUGUAGGAUCGUAUAUCUUUCUUAGUUCUUAAUAUUUUUCUUUCAGAAACUAUAAAGUGUUUCGAUUCGUCAUCUUUUGUCGUCAACUAUUUAUCAAAAGCUGCCUAUAACAUAAUACGACUCAAAUAAACUAAAGUAUCACUUUCGUUAUUUUGGCAGGUAACUUAAGAUGUAAAUAUACUUUUCAUCGUUAAAUAUCUUCGGUUGCUGGACUAAGUAUCAACUUUACUUCAUUGUUAUUGCUUUGAUUUAAGUUUACCUCAAAAAAUGAAUGUUUAAUUAGGUACAUAUAAUAAUAAUAAUAAUUGUACCUACUAAAAUGCGGCCGACUCAAUAAUAAUAUCGUAUGGUGAUAAUGAAAAAAAACAAAAAAAUCUCCCAAUGACAGAAUACAUUGCCUGUAUGUAAACCGUGAGAAAACAAUGACCUGCGUAGUAAAAUUUAAAAAAAAAUUAUUAGAAAAGUUAUAAAAAAAACUGCGAGAGUGUAAUAUAUAUAUAUAUCAGCUGAUGGCAGAAUACAAGGGAAAUGAUUAAAAUAUGAAAGAGACGAAAAUACAAAGGAAACGGUAGGGUUUUAAUUCAAAAGUGUCCCGCUCCGUUGACUCGUUCGCAAUAUAUUAUUGGAAACGCGACUUUCUUACAAACAAAUUUGUACUUACCUAAAUCAUAUAAUAUAAAAUCGAAAUAAAUUAAACGUAAGUAGUUAGCUCGCCAGCAUAGAAACAUGAUGACAAUACUAUUUUGUAGUCUUUUUAAUUUCAGUGUUUUAGAUUCUGAGUGGAAUGAGGAAUGUACUGGUUUUACAAUGUUUAUUUUUUUGUUUAUAUGGACAACUUUUCUACCAGCAAUUUUGCUCCGAUUUACAAUAAGAGCACUUUUUCUAAAAGGAAAUCUGACUGGGGAGGUACGUUAAGAAGGUUAUUUUUUGAUUUUACCAAGAGUUAUCUGGUGUCCAUAUACGAUCUAAACGCUUUUGAGCGGGAUCCUGAUUUUAGACAUUUUUCUGCUAAAUUUGAAAUAAAAACUGUAUUGAUUUGUAAUAGGCAAAUUUUUUUUUAUUUCAUGGGUACAACUUACAUGAACUUUGUAUUAAAUUUUUGAGCAUUUUUACAAGGCAAAAAAAUUACAGAAUAUUUUGAAAAUUGUAUCACAUCCAAAAAAGUAUUUUUGUUUAGGUUAAAAAUGUCAGGUCAUUACAAUUAAUUUUAACUGGACCAUAGAAAAAAAAAAAACGAAAUUAACGUAAACCACGUUAUUGUAUAAAUAUUCCUAUUCUUUCCCAAUUAUUCAGAAAAUGAUAAGGCAAAUCUAAAUUUGACCUCACUACAUCAAUAAAACAACUGCAAUAUACAUUACUUGUUUCGCUUUAAAUCUAAAACGUUAUAUUUGAAUAUUAUAGUUAAAUUGUUUGUAUUCCGCAUGGAUUUUAAAAUUACAAUUUACUCAUAUAAUAGUAUAGUGUUAUUGAACAUUUUAAUGUUUGUGUAUACCGAUACAGUGGCGUAACUUAUAAAUAUGAUCCCAGGAGGGACACUUUCAACGGCUCCCCUCUUUAUGCAGACAUAUAUAGGGAUGUCCAAGUAGGAUGCAGCCCCCUUAAUGGAAUGAUUAUAUAAUUUUUUUUAAUUAUUGAAUACACAUUUUAUCAAUUAUCAUAUUAUUAAUAAAUUUAAACUAGAAUUAAAAUUUGACGUUCAUUAAAUGCUCUUUGGAGAAAUACAUUUCUCGGGUCCGUAAAUAAAAUUGCCUAUAUAGUUUCUUCUAAAGCGCACAAAUAUAAGAUAACAAAGAGAUUGGCCAACGGUAAUAUAACAAGAAACUUCUUACUCAACCAUUAAACUGAUGUUUUAAAUGUCCAUUAGUUUAACUAUCGUUCUUAAAGUUUUAAAAGAAAACUGAUAUCCUAAUAUUAUUAUUCACAAAUAAUUGCAUUAAAAAUGUAAAAGUCCUAUAGACAGUUGUAAAAGAAAAUAAUUUCCUAACAGACUAAGAAUUAUGUACCUACCUACAUUUAUCUGAUGACCGUGAAAUGGAUUGCUUAUUAAGUAUUACUAUUAAUGUAUGAUUUAUCAGGACAUUUUACCAAUGCAUUUAUCACCAAACUGUAUAUUAUUACUUUUGGUCAUAAUCAAGAAAAAGAAGAUUUAAUUAAUAAAACCAAUUUCAUCAUAGUAGACAUAAAAAUCAUUCUUUGUAAUAACAAAAUACAAGUGCUGAAAUUCAACAUAUUCGAUAUUUGAUAAGUAUUAUAUACAAGACUGUUAUGGAUACCAUGUUAUCAAAAAAUCCUCUAAGUAAUAAAGGAGCAAUAUAGGUAAUUUUAUAUUCAGAUCCGAAAAAUGUAUUCCUCCGAAGAACAUCUCGUGACGAUAAUGAUAAAACUAUAAAAGCAAUAUUGUUUUCACUGUAGCCACUGGUACCAUCAAACUUAUGAAAAAAAACGAAGUACCUUUGAAAGAGGAGUAUUAAGGAAAAUUUGACCUAGAGAACUGACAAUAUAGUAAAUGGUGUUCGUAAACUUGUUUACAGCUGCGGCACAAAUAAAAAAACUCGUAGUCGCUUGAAGCAACAGUAGGUGGCUAUAGUAUGAAGAUACGUGUCUGGUUUGAGACGGAACUGGGCACAUGGAUUAUGUGUAUACAACAGAGAAGAGCGGGAAGAAUUUGGUAUUCGCUGCAAAAUGUUUAGAUAUUGGCCCGUAUCGCAAAAAAAAAAAAAGAACAAACAGUUAAAAUAAAUAUUGCAUCAAUAAACUCAUUUAAACAUUUUCAAAUACAGAAUAAAAGUGACGUAUUUGUAAAUAUUACCGAGCGUCAAUUAAUUUUAUCAAAUUGCGAACACGUGUAUAAAUAAAUAUAAUUAUUAUAGCAAACGUUGAGUGAUAAUGUAAAUUGUAUUUACAAUGUAAACGAGGCAUGGUAGGGACAUUAAGUAUGUCCGAGCAUAAAAUAUCGGAAUUUAAAUCUUUUACAUUUGAUAUAAAUUAGUUCUAGUUUUAAAACUAUUCAUAAGACUUUAAUAUUUCUUGAUUUGUUUAAACGCAUUAUUGUGUAACCAUUUUAUAACAAAUUAUUUCUUCGUUCAAUACAGUGAUUAAUGUUUUUGACAUAUUGCCCCCCCCCCCACUCAUCUCUCAGAACUUUAUCCAAAUUGUAGUAAUUUCUUUUUUUUUACUUUUCAGUUUUCCGGGUUGAAAAGACCUCUACCGAAUAACGUGCAACUACUCACUCUGGAACCGUGGAAAGACAAUUCGGUGUUGUUAAGAUUCGAACAUAUAUUCGAGUACAACGAAGACAAAAAUCUGUCAACGCCAAUCGCCAUAAAUGUUGAGGUUUGCAUACAAUUAUAUCGCGUAUUAUUAUUUUAGUAAAAUGUCGUAUGCGUAGAUGUAUAACACAAAAAUUUGAUGCCAAAUUAUUAUUAUGUUCUCCCAAAAUCGAUUAUUUUAUUAGUUUAUUCUUUCCCCUCGCAGGAUUUGUUUACGAAAUUCCGCAUAGUGUCGUUACGGGAGACAAUAUUGGGUGGUAACCAAUGGCUGUCGGAAAAUACGAAACUUACCUGGUCGGCGACGACUAGUGAUAGCGACGAUUCGUGGCCCAUCAGGACCGAACGACAACUAUUACCACUCGAUCCCAAGCAAAUUUUGUUGACACCGAUGCAGAUACGGACUUUCGUGGCCGAGAUCGCCCCGAAUCCUGCGUCAGCAUGAUAUCGUUACCAGAAAAAAAAAAAAUCUAUUAAAAAUUAGUUCAACACGUCGCUAAUAAUUAUAUAGUUUAUGGCGUAUAAUAUCGUCGCCACCGAGCAAAUAUAUAAGUGAAAUUUUAACUCCGCCUAUAAACAAGACGUUGUUUAUAUUAUUCAUCACAACGGUCUGCAAAAUUCCCAAGCGCAUUCCAUUUUCUAUAUUUUCGUCUUAAAACGUCCGCGAAAGAAUAAAUACAAUUUUAACGUUAAACUAUCCAGUUUUAUGUUUAAAAAUAGCUGUAACUCCAUACGAUUUCGUCCGUGCACUGCAGUAUUGAACAAAAGACACACGAAAACGUGUUUUCCCGUGUGGAUAUUCCACUGUUAUUUCAUUCGUGUUAUCAAAGCAAUCCUCAAUUCAACAAACAUGUCAAAAAUUCCUAUGUUAGCUCAACACUCUUUAUAGGUGUGGACACGGAUCCGUUCGUUUGCAUCUGUAUGUAAUAUAUUAUUUUCAGACACCUUCGUUCAGCUGGGAAUCAAGUACAAACACUUUGUUUCACUAAUUUAGUAAAAAGAAAAUAAAAGAUUUAAACAUAAAUAAAUAUUAAACUUAAUCAGAACACAACAACCUAUAACUCGGUGUAAAUGUUGAAUUUUCAGUUUGUUGUUUAUCCUACACUUGAAAAAAAGAAAAUAUUAUUAUUAUACACAGUAAAUUUGGCCACAUAAUAUUGCGCUUGGUUAUUUUUUACAUUCCGGCGACGAUAUUAACAAUACUAUUUGUAUCUAUAUACUAUAAUAUUUUAUUAAUUAUAAUACGUACCUAUUUAUUUUUUAUUCAUUUUUAUUUGGUACACUCUCCAAUGAGUCCAAUGUAAAACAAUUAUUAUUAUUAUUUAUGAAUAAUUGCAUUUAAAACUUUUAUUAGUAAUGUAUAAUAAAAACAUUUUAGACUGAC